AUGAGCCUCCAUAGCUCAAUCAAAUACCAAUCUCUGUUGCUGGUUGCACAGCUGGUCUUGUCAACACUCCAUGCAGAGAUGUACUCUACCCCAAGGAAACUUCGAUCAACGGUGGUAAAGAUCGAAGACCAGGAAUCAAACCGGCUUGGUGAGAUUGAAUGGACUGAAUCCACCACCACAGUUUCCGAUGGGCUGGAAUGGGAAUAUCAGUCUUUGAGUGAGAUUGAGUUUCAAGUGGAAAGCAGCAAGAGGAAUCUUCAGCUCAAGGUGGAGAAGAAAUCACUUCGAUUUGCAGCGUUGGCUACAACUUCGGUUGGAAAAUACCAAAACUUGGCCCUUAGGGGAUGUCAGGAGGCAGCUUCUAGGCUGCUGGAACCAGAUGGCAUUGAAGCCACAUGUGAUCUCUAUGGGGCCACGACCAAUACAGAUACAAAGGAGAUUCUGGGUGUCCAGAAACAUUACUUGUCUCAAAUCGUUCAGGCAGCAAUUGACUCCAAGCAUGACAAGCUUAUUGGCGGUGAUGGUGAGACUGAUACCCUGCCUGAAAUCAAAGGCAACACCACCAACAGUACCCAUGCACCUGCUCACCAGAGCAAUAUGUUAUAUGAUGGAAUCAUGGUGUCGGUUGCUGACCCUGCUGUCAUCGGUCCCAUGUUGGAUGAAGCGGUCGAGACAGGGAUUGUUGUGGUGACCAAUUCGGCAGAUGCACCAGACUCCAAAAGGGCCGCUUAUGCUGGCACCAAUAACACCUUCAUGGGGAUUCAACUAGCCCGGGUACUCAAGCAACUACGACCUGAGGGAGGCUCCUUUGCCACCCUCUGGGCUCCAGUGGGGAACUCAAUUGUUGAUCGAAAAGAAGGGUUUCGAUUUGAGUUGCUCAAUAACAGUGAUCCCAAUGUUGCAUGGGGAGAAGUUCCCAACAGCCCAGCUCUUGUUACCAACAUAAAAGAUGCCAUGGAACAAUUGAAUGGCUGGGCCAAUAACACAGAAAACACUCUGACUGCAAUUGCAAUCCUUAUCAACCCCUUGUUUGAUGCACCUCACUAUGAAGCACUUGUUAAUCGAUACCGCCACCUGAACAUCACCUGGAUUGGUAUUGGAGACACUGAACGACAACUGGAUCUUUUGGAUCGCAACUAG